ACAUUCUCUCAGAAUCUCUACUAUUCUUCCAUCCUCCUCCGUGCUUCUUCUUGCAGAAACCACAUUUUUUCCCAGCAAUUUUUCCCCUUUUUUUCCCCUGUUAAAUCCUACAUCAUCAAGCAGUAAGGUAACUCUUCUAUUCACCCUUCUUCAUUUCCCUCUCCCUCUUUUUUUUUUUUUUUUAAUUCUGAUAUUAUGUAACUUUUGUUUGGUUGCCGAGAAAAUGCAAUAUGAUCUUAGACUAUAUCAGCAUAUUGAGCUUAAAGAUAUAAACUUUGAGAACAUUUCCAUCUUUGUUGUUUGGUUUAAUCAUUAAUGAAACAUCUGAUCCAGAUCCAUUGUUUUGUUAGUUGUUUGCACGUGUAUUGAAGUGAGCAAGGUUUAAGCUUGAAAGUAAUACCCUGAGCAUCAGCUUCUUGUAUUUUUUUUGUGUUGUCACAUGUAUUCAGGAUUCUGUUUCAAUUUUUAAUGGGGUUUUCAUUUGUUUCUUUCUUUCUUUUGGUAAUAGAUAUGUCCCAAAAUACUUUUAUCCCAGAUUGGGAUUAAACACCUUCUUGAAUACCAGCGUCAUAUUUACUUCAUCUAUAGUUUCAGGCCCCUUAUGCUUUUUGAUCUGGGAAUGGACAACUGUUGGUGUUGAUUUGCUUUAGCUGAUAAGUUUGUUGUUUAUAGCAUUGAUAUUAAGUUGUGCUUUGUAUUCCUGCACAUAAUGCCCAUGAAUUUUAGUACUAAUUGGUGUGGUACAUCUUGCAUUAGCAUUUUAAAGUUCUACAAUAAUUCUUGUCUUAGCUUAGUUUUGACAUAAAACAGGGUUGCUGAGCUUCAUCCUUACUCUCUUUCUGUGGAGUUUAAGACAUCUUUGGCCUUGCAAAUCAGAGCUAGGUUCCCCCGGAUUUGUCUUGUCAUGAUAGAGUUGUGGUUGCAGAGAGCUUAAUUGUCUUGUGAAUUAUUCUCACAAAUUCAUCUAAGAGAAACUUAGAUUGCUGCUUCCUUUCACCCUAAGGUUGUAAUCAAACGAAGCUAGGAGUACAUGGAAGUUCCCAGUGCUCUAUGUUUGAAUCAGAGAAUGAAGCACCAUCCGUUGACCCUACUAAGGGCGUUUAGGGGUAUUAUGUGUUUGCUAGUACUUCUUUUAACAGCUUUUAUGAUGAUACUCUAUUGUGGCUUUCCUAGUGCGAUCAUAUUGCGACUUUUCAGCAUACACUACAGUCGGAAAGUAACCUCUCUCUUCUUUGGUUCUUGGCUAGCAUUGUGGCCUUUUGUAUUUGAAAAGAUAAACAAAACUAAAGUCAUUUUUUAUGGAGAUAUUGUCCCUGCAAGGGAACGUGUCUUACUUAUUUCUAACCACAGAACUGAGGUUGACUGGAUGUACUUGUGGGACCUUGCAUUGCGGAAAGGUUGCUUGGGAUACAUAAGGUACAUCCUUAAGAGUAGCUUGAUGAAAUUACCUGUAUUUGGUUGGGGAUUCUAUAUUUUGGAAUUUAUCCCUGUAGAGCGGAAGUGGGAGGUUGAUGGACCAAAAAUGUGCCAUAUGCUUUCAACUUUUAAAGAUCCUCGAGACCCCCUUUGGCUUGUUCUUUUCCCAGAAGGCACUGAUUUCAGUGAACAGAAGUGCAUAAGAAACCAAAAGUACGCUGCUGAAAAUGGCUUGCCUAUCAUGAAAAAUGUGUUACUUCCAAAGUCAAAGGGCUUUUCUGCCUGCUUGGAAGAAUUGAGGGGGUCUUUGGAUGCAGUUUAUGAUGUGACCAUUGGGUAUAAGAAUCGGUGUCCAUCAUUCUUAGAUAAUGUAUUUGGGGUGGACCCUUCUGAAGUUCAUAUUCACAUCCGACGAAUUAACCUUGUUGACAUCCCUACACCUGAAAAGGAGGCUACUUGGUUGAUGGAUGCAUUCUGUCUUAAGGAUGAGUUGCUCUCUAAUUUUUAUUCAAAAGGCAACUUCCCUCAGCAAGGAACAGAAGCACCCCUCUCAACGGUGAAGUGUCUAGUAAACUUUAUUGCAGUACUCAUCUUGACUAGCACCUGUACCUUUUUCACAUUUUUCUCAUCCAUUUGGUUUAAAAUUUAUGUAUCUUUAGCUUGUGCCUAUCUUACUUCUGGAACAUAUUUCAACAUCCGUCCAACCCCACUCCUUGGCUUUCUAAAAGCUCAGCUUUAACCAGAAUCUUUCCUGGGAACAGCCAGUUUCAAUAACUUUUCAAUGUCAAGCAAAAGCAGCACUGCAACUUGCCACUUAGUCAAUUGCAACAUUCUUGCUUUAUUGAACUAUGUCUAUGUUUUUGUCCCUGAGUCAAUCUGCAUAUACCUAUGUGUCUGUAAUCUUAAGAAGAGUUAUGAUGGCUUAUCUGCUUCUCUAUUAUCAGACUUAAAUAGUUGCAAAAAAACUUUCAAUUUUAUUAUACUCCUGCCAUAUGUGCAGUCAAAUCAAAUUGCAACUACUGGUUCUAAACAUAAAAGGCCUUGUGCAGACUCUGAUGAAUAGUUUUCUUUAGAAGCCUAAACUCGAAGCCAGUGCUUUUCUGAAGGGAAGAAAUCCAGUUGAAUCUCAGGUAGAUCUUUAAGCCUGCUUUCGUUACUUGGCACCUUAUAAAAGUAUACUUUAUAC